AUGUUUACCGAUUGCAUAGUUUCCUCGUAAAUAUAUCAAAAUAGAAUGAUCAAUUGUUUUAAUUUACAUUAUUAAAAUUUGUACAUUUAUUGUUAAAAAGAAAAGAAAAUCAGAAAUGUCUCUGCUUAAGUACUUAUUAUUAAUUAUUAAUUCUGUGUUUUGACAGUAGAGAGUUAAUAUUACUAAUAUAAAUUCAUGACAGUACAGUGACCAAAUAAAGUAAAAAGAUAUCAAUCAAAUUUUAAAUAAUAUUAAUGUAGUAUAUUUUUUCUUUAUAUUUAUAGUAUGAAGAAUUAUAGUAUGAAGAUUAGUAGUAUGAAACUUUAUAGUUCUAUUAAUUCCAAUGUUAUUAUUGUUAUUGAUCUUAAUUUAAUGUGUGUAUACUACAAUUAAUAUUAUUAAUAUUGUGAAUUACCAUUAAAAAUAUAUAUAUUAUAUGAACUUUGCCUGAGAAAUUUCUAUAUUAAUAACGAUUUGUUUUGUUUUACAGGUUACAUCAACGGAUGAUGUAACUGCUGCUAUAGAUACAAUAAAUGAGAAGUUCAACAAAUUAAAUGUUGUAGUAAAUGCAGCAGGAAUAGCUGUUGCCCACAAAGUGUAUAAUUUUAAUACACAAUCUCCACAUCAAGCAGAUACUUUUAUGAAAGUGCUUAAUGUAAAUACUUUUGGAACAUUUAAUGUUAUUAGAUUAUCUCUACCACUUUUAUAUAAAAACAAGCCAGACGAAGAUGGAGAACGUGGAGUAAUAAUUAAUACAGCAAGCAUUGCGGCAUUUGACGGACAAAUAGGUCAGGUAGCAUACUCUGCUAGCAAAGGUGCGAUUGUUGGUAUGACUUUGCCAUUGGCUCGCGACCUCGCUAAAGUUGGCAUUCGAGUUGUUACAAUCGCUCCAGGAAUAUUUGACACACCAAUGCUAGGAAGUUUACCAGAGAAAGUGCGUCAAUUUUUAAUGAGAACAGUACCAUUUCCAAACAGAUUGGGUAAACCUGAUGAAUAUGCUAAUCUAACAAAACAUAUUGUUGAAAAUCAUCUCUUAAAUGGAGAAGUGAUAAGAUUAGAUGGUGCUCUCAGAAUGCAGCCUUGA